AUGGCUGGUUUUUUCUCUUUAGGCAGAGGGGGCAACAACAACAACAACCACCAAGAUCAAGACCAGCAUAACAGCAAUAACCCACCCCCACCUGAUCAUCAAAUUGCUCCGGAGACAUUGUUCUGGUACAAGAAUGAGGACGUGACAGCUCAGCCGUACAAAGGGUUCGAGCUAUGGCAGCAGCAAGAGCAGCUCCUCCAGCUCCUCUGCUCCCGAUUUCUUCUCUCUCUCUCUCUCUCUCUCCCUCCCUCCCUCCCUCCCUCUGAACCCAGACCCAGACAUCGCGCUCGAGGAGCUUGCCGAAGCUCCGGCAUCUCAGGAUUCCGAUUCGAUCGUCAACGAGAUCGAACGGUGCAAGAAGGACCGGUCGUCGAGGAGGAGCUCCAACUACUGGAAGGAUUAUCGGAUCAACGGCGUAGAUUUCGUCCUGAAGAGGUCGCACUCGUUCGGAUUCGAGCGGAGCUCGGCGUCGGUGGAGAGGAUGAUGGUGACGGAGCCAGCGACGGCGUCACCGUGGCGGUACCGCAGUGA